UCAUUUGGUAUUAAUCGAGAAUCGGGUUAUUUGAUGUGUAUAUUUGUAAACAACUGUUAAUUAUCUACAUAAACUUCCCAAAUUAUUAAAAUUCUGAGCAGGAGAACAAUUCAUAGAUAUGUUCGAACAACUUAUGCCUAUGAAUAUUAUCCGUUGAUAGUUUUAAUUCUUCUUUAAAGUUGAUGCUUUUGUACAAAAUUACCUCUUUUAAUACUCCUCGUACGCUUGCUUUCUAGGAGUAUUUUAAAACAAGACUUCAGGCGGUGACGCAGAUGAAAACUUCCGAAAUGCCGCCUUAUCCUCAUAAGUUUUCGACAACCAUUCGUCUAGCAGAUUUCUUAGAAAGGUACGGAUCAUUAGAGAACGGAGAAAUCGUGGAGAGUGACGUGCAAGCCGUUGCCGGAAGGAUUUACUCGAAAAGGGAAUCUGGAAGCAAACUGAUUUUUUAUGAUCUUUGGGGUGACGGUGCAAAGAUACAAAUUAUGGCCAAUGUCAAAUAUUUUUCACCUAAAAUGGAUUUCUUUGAAAUUAAUAACAUGAUCAAAAGAGGAGAUAUUGUUGGUUGUAAAGGAUAUCCCGCUAGGUCCAAGAAGGGCGAACUGAGUAUCAUACCUGUAGAGAUGAAACUAUUGAGUCCAUGUCUACAUAUGAUACCGCAUAGUUAUUUUGGAUUAAAAGACUUGGAAACGAGAUACAGAAGACGCUACCUGGAUCUUUUGAUAAACAGUCACCUUCGACAGAUUUUCGUCGUUAGAACCGAGAUAAUUCAGUACAUUCGGAAAUUUCUCGACGAGCAACACUUUUUGGAAGUGGAAACGCCCAUUAUGAACAUGGUUCCCGGUGGAGCGGCUGCCAAACCCUUUGUUACACACCAUAACGAGAUUGAUAUGGAUCUGUUUCUAAGAAUAGCUCCGGAGCUAUAUCAUAAGAUGCUGGUGGUGGGAGGAAUGGAACGUGUGUACGAAAUUGGGCGCCAGUUCAGAAACGAGGGAAUGGAUUCGAAUCACAGUCCAGAAUUUACUACUUGCGAGUUUUAUGCAGCUUACUUGGAUUACAAUGAUCUGAUGACAAUGACUGAGAAUUUGCUAUCAGGUAUGGUCAAGCGUAUCAAAGGAUCAUACAAGAUUCGUUACCAUUCAAAAGAUUCGGACGAAGCCAUUGAAAUUGAUUUUACUCCACCUUUCAAGAGAAUCUAUGUGUUUCCAGAAUUAGAAAACAUCUUGGGAACAAAAUUACCAAAACCGGAUACGCUGAACACGCCAGAAGCCAAUGCCUAUAUCUAUGAACUAUGCUGCAAACACGGAAUUUUCUGUCCGGAGCCUCGAACGACUGCAAGACUUUUAGAUAAACUUAUUGAAGUUUUCCUAGAGAAAAGUAUGAUACAGCCAACGUUUCUUUGCGAUCAUCCGGAAAUUACGAGUCCUCUAGCAAAGCAGCACCGCUCGAUUGCCGGUCUGGUGGAGAGGUUCGAGUUAUUCGUUGCAAAAUUUGAAAUUGUAAAUGCCUACACCGAAUUGAACGAUCCCGUAAUUCAACGGGAACGAUUCGAACAGCAAGCUAAAUUAAAGGCAGAAGGCGACAGAGCGGCUCAUUCUUUUGACGAAAACUUCUGCACGGCUCUAGAAUACGGCAUGCCUCCGACGGCGGGUUGGGGAAUGGGAAUCGACAGACUGACCAUGCUUCUGACGGACUGCAAGAACAUAAAGGAAGUAUUGUGUUUUCCACUCAUAAAACCGGAGAAACCGCUUGAAACGAUGGCUGAAAAUUAGAACGGAUGCUCUGUGCGCUACUUGGGAAUUCGAAUCUAUGCUAAUGACAAUCUGUUUGCUUUCGGACAAUACGGCACUACUUCAGGAUGAAGAGUCGAGAAAUAGCUCGUCGGAAUUCAUCGGGCGAGUUACAAACUACUACUGUGAAUACGCGUCUUGCAUUAUUUAGUUCCUCUGGUGAUUACCACAACAGAGACUUCAGAACAUCAAUGGAUCAGGAUAACCAAAAAGGCCAUUGCACGCGAGUAGCAAACUUAAGACAAUCGGUAUCUACAACCGAUUUUACCAAUUGUUCGUUUCGACUCUGAUGGUCCUCGGAACCCAUGUUCAUCGUAAUCUGUUUCAAGUCUACAUGGCCUAAACUCUUAGUUGUGUGUGUGUAAAAGUGUGUAAAAUGGCAUUUUCUUGGCCAAUUGGUUAUGCAUUUGAAUACUGUGACAUUUCUAUUCAGUAUUGAAAAGUGGGGAUUAUUUUAAUAACAAUCAGCUUUGAACAUGCCUAUAAUACGCUGGGGAAUGGGGACUGAUAGGCCCA